AUGUCUACCAUCCGCACCAUCCCCCCUGAACCAGACAACCCCAAUCUCACCAACACUACAAACACCCGCCCCUCAACGCCCUUACCUUCUGCUUCUUCUCCUACAUCCCACACCUCCACCCCAACCACCGUCGCCACCUUGACACCUAAUGGCCAUCACCGCGCUUCACCCUCUCGCGACCCCAGCCGCCCAAAGCCCCGCCAACCCACCCCUCUCCAUCCAUACCAAAGCCGUCGUCAACCCAAGCAACCCAACCCGCAAGACUCGGAGGCAAGUAUGGCAGCACCUCAGGAUUGGCCAGAGGUUAAGAGGGCUUGGUGGAAGAGGGCUUGGAGUUGGCUCAGGGGAUGGGGUUUCCGUUGA